CAGUCAACAUGAGCUUAACGUCCAAAGCAGGUCUUCCCUCGAGGGACACGAUUAGGAAAAGAUGCACGACUCUUGAAGCCUGGGCACUGCCGAAGCAAGAAUCGACAGUUGCACCCGAAUAUGUUUGGACGAACAAAGAUAUGGACCCUGUGCCCAUCUCAGACCAGACCUGGGACAUUUGGGCUACUGACGUUAUCAACCUGGGCACCUGGGAGACUGCCAGCUCGAUUAUUCAAGUCGGUCUGACCUGGCGUGAUGCUAUACCAAUCAUGGCCGUCGGAACUCUUUGCGUAGCCAUACCUGUUGUCCUCAACGGUGCAAUGGGUGCCCACCUUCAUGUUCCGUUUAGUGUCAUCGUUCGCUCUGGAUUUGGCUACUACUUUGCCUACUUUUGUAUUGCAUCACGAUGUAUCUUGGCCAUGUUUUGGCUGGGUAUACAAAGUGCAAACGGCGCUCUCGCUGUGCAGAUCAUGAUCAUGGCGAUCUGGCCUUCGUUUGCUUCCUAUGACUGGGGUGGACCAAACAACACACUUCCCAAGAGUGGCGGUAUCAGUACUUCUGGCAUGAUAGCCUACUUCCUCUUCUGGAUAAUCCAACUACCUUUGCUUCUAAUACCACCUACCCAACUACGCUAUCUGUUUAUCGUCAAAUUGAUCGCAGCUCCGGUGACAGCCAUCGCAACUCUCGGAUACAUGGUUCAUAAAGCCGGUGGCGGUGGUGCCAUAUUCUCACAACCAGGCACGGUAACAGGUGAUGCAAAAACCUACCUCUGGCUAAGCUGCACGUCUUCCGUGACAGGAGUAUGGGCAACUCUCGCUGUAAAUGUAGCAGACUUUUCUCGCUACGCCAAAGGUCGUGCAGAUGGCAAACCGAACCAUGCACAAUAUGUUCAACUACCAGCUUUACCCAUACUAUUCACUUUAUGCGGUGUCCUCGGUGUCAUCACAACCUCAGCAUCCAAAGUGGUCUAUGGCGAAUUCUACUGGAAUCCUCUCAAUAUCGUGGAGCAAUGGCUCAAGAACGGACAUGCUGGAAGAGCGGCGGCGUUCUUUGCUGCAUUGAGUUGGUUCAUUGCUCAGGUGGGAACAAACAUCACUGGCAACUCCAUCUCUGCAGCUAACGAUUUGUGUGUCAUGGCGCCGAAGUACAUUAACAUCAGGCGUGGAUGCGUCAUUGCAGCUGUUGUAUCGUGUUGGGUCAUGGUGCCAUGGAAGAUUCUGUCUGAUGCGGAAACAUUUCUCAGCUUCAUGUCUGGGUACUCGGUCUUCCUUGCUCCUAUGGCUGGCAUCAUAGCAGCCGAUUACUGGCUCGUCAAACGCCGUCACAUAGACAUACCAGCUCUUUACGACCCACACGGACGCUACAGAUACAUCUACGGCGUCAACUGGCAAGGCCUAGUUGCAUUCCUUACCGCCGUUUGCCCCAAUCUUCCAGGUCUUGCCAACUCGAUCAACGGAAUCUCCAUCUCUGCAGGAGCCAAACAUCUUUAUUUGUUUGACUGGCUGUACGGCUUUGUAUGCAGUGUCGUCGUUUACACUGCGCUGAGCAAGAUUUUCCCUACAAAGGAGGCACUGAUAUCAAAGUCGAUAUAUUCUCUGGAAGUCGUGGAGGGCAAAGAAGCGAGUCCGGAUCGGGAUGUUGAGGGUGAAAGCAGAGGUGUAUUUGAGAAGAGAGGUGGACAUGUCGAUGCUGUUGAUGUUGGCAAGGUCUUU